GAGUGAAUCUAUAAUGGACUUACAUAUUCAGUAUGUAUAAUAAUUGUUAAAUGAUUUAAUAAACAAAAUUAAAUGUCAGAUUAAUUAACACAACCAAUUGAUUGGCGAUUAGUUUUUUAAAUGCCUUCACAAACACUGCAAAAGGCAUUGAAAUGCGAAAACAGUAAAUGAGAGCCAAUUGUUAGGCCUUUUGGAUACCAAACAAAAGCAUUGCUUUGUAUGUUAAGCGACACUAUAAUAAGGGCCCACACAUGACGUCAGGUAUUGUAAACACAGCACCAAAACACGUGUUUGUGUUGUCUAUUGAACUGAAAAUCACAACACAAUUGACAAACAAAUUGUGAUUUAAAUCAUUAGUGAAUUAAUAAUUAAAUUAAUUGUAAAACAAAUAUAUAAUUAUCGCAAACAAUGGGCAAAAGGAAGCGAAAGUCGAAGAAGGGAUCCAAAGCGGGCGGCGAAGAGCCGGAAUCGGUGACAAAAGCUCCGCACAGUUUUGUCAUAAAACGUGGUAAAGUCGGCAAAAAUGUGAACGAAUUGUUGCACAACUUUAGACAAGUGUUGGAACCGUUUACAGCGAUGUCGCUGAAGAUCAAGCGCUAUAACGUGGUGAAGGACUUCGUGCACAUCGCCUCCAGUCUGAAUGUCACUCAUUUGGUGAUCUUCACGAAGACAGUGAAGGCCGCGUACCUCCGACUGUGUCGAGUGCCGAGAGGGCCGACACUCACCUUCAAAGUAGUCAACUAUACGCUCACGAAAGACGUCCGGUCGGCGCUCAAGAGGCCGCUCGUCUACUCCGGUCUCUUCCAGUUGUCGCCGCUUCUGGUGCUGAACGGGUUCACCGGCGACGAAGAGUUGCGCAUGAAAUUGAUGACAUCG